GUACAAAGGAUGCUGGCCCUGCGUACAGGUGGGCUUCCAGUGAGCCCCUCUGCGCACAGGUACCAAGGCGCCUACAUGAUCGAGUACCCCGGAGCGCCAUUUACUGUAGCUACGCCACCCGAAGGAGACGGUCGGUCUGCAGCGAGCCUGGUGCACGUCGAUAGGCGACCUAGAGAAGCUGACCGUCGGAGCAUAGAGGAAGGAAGCGGCAAAACUGAGGACAAUGGACUCAGCUUCCUCAUCGUAGCCCGCAUCGUGCUGGCGGCGCUCGUGCUGCUCAUGACAGCAGCGUUGCUGAUUUUUGGGCUGAAAGGCCGAAGCCUGUUCCGUGGUUCGACCACGACGACCACAGAGCCGCAGCUGAAAUUAUAUGGGAACUCAUGAAGACCAUCUAGCCAUGUUAUACCAUCCCUACUUAGUCGCGGCGUGCCGUAUCCGCUUCGAAUGUAACGUGAAACCCGCCCAGCAAAGUGAAAUACACAUUCGAGGUCACUCCUUUGAACGAGUGA